AUGGCAAAUCACGAGCAAAAAGUAAUUUGCGAAUUUCUCGCUUUGUUGAAAACAAACCCAAAUGCUUUGUCCAGCGUUUUGCAAACGACACAGCUACAGGCAGCGAUUACCUCCAACGAGCAAACGGAUGCGUUGACCUCAUCAAGCACGAGCUCUCGAUCUACAUCUAGUUCACCCACUUCUGACGAAAAGUCUGCACAGAACACUGGGGCAGUCGACAUCGUUUCCACCGGCACCACCGCUUAUAGCGCAGAAGAUCUUCUGGCAAAACGAGGGGCAAAGGGCAAAGGAUCGAAAGCCCAACAAACAUUUCGGGUAAGUCCAAUCUUAAUUAUAUAUUUAGCCAUUUAUUACAACUUGCGACAACCGAAUCUUGAAAGAUCUUGAAAUAGAUUUAUCUUUCUCGUGUUCUUUUACUCGUACAUAUACACGUACGUAUUCUUUACAAAUAAACUUUAUAAUCUCAGCUCGAGCGCGGAUCAAUCGAGAAAAUUGUUGACUUAAAAGUGUGAGAUUUCAAAUUGAAGAUUUGGGUGAUACAGAUCACUACAUGUAUGAAGCCGAAUGACGCUUUUCUUCGCUCAACACAAUAUCUUAAUCUCGAUCGGCUGGCAGUUGCCUUAACUUUAUGCGAUAGAUAUAAAUUUCCAACGUACGAUAUCCCACAGGCGCAAACUAAUGAUCAUUCCUCAACUCUUCGGGCAAUAUUAAUUGUAGGGGUAAACACGCUCUAAAAUACACGGGGAGAAUCGACGGCGUAAUUAAUGGCCUUUCCUUUGCUUUCCUAAGUUGGAAUUAUGUUUGUAUCAUUAUUUAUACGCUAAAAUGUCCGCUGCACGUUCGUUGGAUUCAAGUUUAAAAAGCGCCGGCGAAUAUUGAGUUAAGAACACGUGCCUAGCUACUAGUAUAUUGUAGAACGCGAUCAGCUUUCCAGAUCUAGAAGUAAAUAGAGCCUGCAGCAUGUGUUGAGGGAAUCUUCAAAGAAAUGUGGUCUAUGGGAAAAACCUUCUCUUAUUCGAGAGAUCAGCUGCAGAACCCGAUCGAUCGAGUAGAAAGCUAUACGAUCGAAUCUAGCUAUAAACGCGCGCGCGGGAAAUUGCAAAUUAUUAACGGUCGUACAUUUCUUCCUGCGCGCUAAGCCCAAGAUGAGCCAGCUAUUGGAGAAAGUUAACUACUCAUGGCGUCUUAAUAAGCUUACAUUUCAGAUCGAAAAUUUUGGUUUCCGUGCGUAGCAAAGCUACAGAAAGCCGAUCGAUCGAAUCUAGCUAACGCGCGCGCGGGAAAAUGGAAAUUACAUAACUUGCUGAAAGGUAAAAUCAUGGAAGAAUUUAUAAUGUUGUAGACCCUUUUGUCAAAUGACCUUUUAAUUUUACGUAAACUCUGAAUUAUUUAUGAAUGUAAGCUAGUGUUUUCAAGGAAGCCGUACCAAUAUAAAACUCUUUGCAAAAACGGAUGCGUACGCGGCGGGCGAACGUCGAUCUGAUGAUUCUGAUCUGCAAUUUUGCAAACUCCCAUUUAUUUCAUGUGUUGUUUUUAGAAAGUAGUGCAUAUUUUUAGAAUUUUCGACUUAAAGUUUGUUUUGAGGGCAACUCUCCAUAGACAGCAUACGUAUACGAAUCUUAUGCGAAAAUAAGAGAAACUGACUAUACCGGUAAAUAAGCUUACAUGCAUGUAAGACUUAAAUUAUAUGUGAGACUCUAACGAUCAUUAAUGGCCAUCCGACUGAUUAGGCCCCGCGCGUCCACACCGAUGCGUUUAAAAUAUAUAUACUUUGUUUGAAACAAAGCGCAUACUUUUCAAUAGUUUUUGUCUAUUGUCCACACAACAACGCACGCUGCCAAGAGUUGUGGAGACAUUUGAAAAUGGAGCCAAACAAAAACACAUAAGUGUGGACGGGGCCGGCCUAUUUAACAAUUGUUGUUUUCUCAAUUAUUUUCAGUUUGUGUUGAGGGAGUCUGCCAGGAAAUGUGGCAUUUGGGAGAACCCUCCUCUCAUGCGAGAGAUUAACAUGAAAACGCGGGAAGUGUUUACUAAAAAGGUAUAUAUCUAGACUGAUACUUUGUAUCUGCAGUGGAACUUCUCUAAUUAUUAGGCCAGCGCUUAAUAGGGGUUCGACUGGCCUUCAACUGUAUUAGUAAGUCACUACAGAAUUUAUUGGACCUUUCUGUAAGUAGUUACCGGGAAGCUACAGGUACAAUAUUGUUGUUUAAAAAAAUAUGUGCAUGCAUGUAGAUGGGUGGGUGGGGUGUAAGAGGAAAAAAGGAAAAGUACUAGUUAACCAAAUCCGGACAAAAUCUGUAUCCGGUUUACAGAUAUUCAUUAAGCAAUCAUAAAAUUAUUCAUUCCUUUUCAAUUUUCUUUAUGAAUGUUAAUGAGUGUUAUAAUAUUCAUGUUACAAGGUAAUCAAUGCACUUCCCCAACUGGAUGGUCAUGCCCAUACUAUAAGAAGGAGGCUUUCUGAAAGUUUGAUUUAUAGAAGGAAUCAAAUAAAAAAUACAAAAUUCUGGAAGCGUGCUAAAAAGGUAAGCUUAAGUGUCUAACUUUUGAUCUUCAUUGUCAGUAUUCAUAUCAUAUGCAUAUGGAUAUUGUAUAUUUUAUCUCAAAACCAGUUACGUAUACUGAUCUUGACUUUACUUAAUGUAAUGACUAAUUAUGACAGACAGGUAGCUUAGGAUCUAGUUGUCUUUUUUAAUACAACUUCUCAACUCCAAAUGUAAGUGGAUAGCUUACAGUGUAUUGCAUGACUCACAAUAACUUGAACCAUAAGAUUAAAGGAAGUUAGUAACUAAAAGACCUGAAGGGAAACAAAUUUACUUUGAGUUAGCAGGAGGCUCAAGUUAUUGAUGGUUUAAGUCUGAAGUCAACUGAACUGUCAGGGAACCAAUAAUAAUUUAUUAGAGCAGGGUUCUAAUUCUUUUGAUGCCCUGGUAUCAGCCACACCCAUUAUAAUAUUUUUUUUAAUUGGCAAAUGAUAAAAUUCCUUAAUUUAUUUAAAUACAGGGUAAAUGUUAUUAUAUUACCUCUUUAUCUCGAACUCCGAUCCCCGAAACCUAUUUCCCUUGCCCUUGUUUUUCAGUCAUAUUUACUAUCGGCAAUCUCAAACUGUUUUUAGUUUCCCUUGAAAAUUGGAGAUAACUUGACUCAACUCUAUAAUCAUUUCACUUGUAGAUGAAUAAAUACAAAGAUGAGGCCUGCCAGAGGCCAGUAGUUGUUGCUGAAGAAAACUCCACACCGGUGAAUACAACACUCAUCCAAGUUGAGCAGGCUCUUAAAGUUGAUGGUCCUGCAGGUCAUGAAGUUGAAGAAGAUGAUCAGGACACAGGAUUUUCUUUCACUUCAUCGUAAGUAAAAAUAUGUUACAAUGUAAUUAUACAUCAAUAGCAUCUGAUCCUGUAAUACAGUAAACUCUCUCUAAUUAAGCGGACACCACUGUAAGGCGGACACCUCGCUAAGGCAGACAUGAAUGGCUGGUCCCGGCCGAAUCUCACUUGUUUGUCUGUAACUAAACUCUCUUUAAGGCGGACAGUGGACACUUCUUUAACAAAAUUCAAGGUGGACACUAGAAGUACAUUUUUUUGCACAAUCAAUAGAUUAUAGGCCAGAUAUUAUUUCAAAUUGACCAACCACGGCAAUAACAAUCUCAAACUGAUCUGAUUACAAGAAAAUACUUGAUACUGUUUACCUGGUUUAUUGUAUUCUGCAACCAGUUAAUUAAGUUUUCUUGUUUACAGGGAGGAGCUGUUCGUAAUGGAUGGUGCAAGGAAAAUUGCCCGGGCAACUUUUCUCCGAACAUCCAAAGCAGACAGUAAGUACAGUAUAACCCCUGCCUGAUCAGAUCUUACAGCAACCCAAACGUGUGACCACUAGUACUUUUAAUUAAUUCAAACUCUUUUGUGCUCACAGACUAUCCAAUCAGAAGAUGAGGAUAGUUUAUCCACGGCUUCUAAUUGAAUAGUCUGUGCGCACAAAAGAAUGUGAAUUAAUUUAAAGUGGUGACACUUUUAGGCUCCUUGCAGUAUAUUGUCACUCAUUAAUAAGCUUGUGUGUACAGCAAUAUAUCUUAAACGUGUAAGACUUAUCAGAUCAUUUCCAAAUUUUUUUAUACAGUGUCAUAGUAAUUAUUGCUGUUUAUAAGGCCCCCAGCCUCCAACCAUGGGAUAUAACCUACGUACCCCAGUUGCAUAAGCCCACCCAGCAUGCCAAAACCACUUAUAAAGUUUAUUUAAUUUAUUACCAGAAUUUUAUGACAUAAUUAUGUACUAAUAUAAUCUGCUUUUUGAAUUAAUUCAAGGUGACUUUAAAAAACUGGUCAUGCAGUCCAACUUUCUGAAAAGUGACGAUAAAGUCGAGCUGACGGGACCAAACACGGAGAAAUAUCUCUGUGAAAUCCAGGUAAGUACAAGUAAAAACAAGCCAGGAUGAACGCCAGGAAUUAAUAGCCAUUUAUCACUAACAUUUUUGCGUAUUUAAUUUCUUUAUAAUUAGGUUGGUCAAAAAUUUUACUGGCCCGAAAACCAGUUGCUGAAACAUGUGGCCAAAUCAAAGCAAAGUAAGCCCAAGGAACCGGAGAAAACGGCAACACAAAGUAAGCCCAAGGAACCAGAGAAAAAGGCAACACAAAGUAAGCCCAAGGAACCGGAGAAAACGGCAAAGCAAAGUAAGCCCAAGGAACCGGAGAAAAUGGCAACACAAAGUAAGCCUAAGGAACUGGAGAAAACGGCAAAGCAAAGUAAUAAGCCCAAGGAACCGGAGAAAACGGCAAAGCAAAGUAAGCCCAAGGAACCGGAGAAAACGGCAAAGCAAAGUAAGCCCAAGGAACCGGAGAAAAUGGCAACACAAAGUAAGCCCAAGGAACUGGAGAAAACGGCAACACAAAGUAAGCCCAAGGAACCGGAGAAAAAGGCAACACAAAGUAAGCCCAAGGAACCGGAGAAAACGGCA